GAGAGAGAAUAAUGAGAAACUGUUGGGCUGCAGAAGAGCUAACAUGAAGUUGUCGGUUGUUCAGCAGAGGAAACCCAUCAUCAUCUGAAAUUUUUGGCUCCCUUCAACGUUUGUUCUUUAUAGGUUUUUUGACGGAUCUGAGGAGACACAAAACCCUGUCUUCUUUACUCUCUCUCUCCCUCCCUCCACUGCAUUAGCUCCUGAAUCAGUGCUGCUAAAACUACCCUACAGUUUUCGAAUCAAAUAUAAUCCACUGUUCCCUGUGGCUACCAGUACUGAUAAUCUAUCUCCUGUUUCGAGGGGUCCCAUAAAGCUUUCAAUUAAGAUUCUCUUGAAUGUUGUUAGCUUGCAGUCUCAAUUAAAGCCGGACAGACAACAUAGCAGCUGCCAUUUUAUGUGGGUGCGCUGGUUUCUUAAUCCCACCCGUCACUUUACUACGUAAUAGGAAGAGGUUUAAUUGUGACUUUGUUUGUGGGUUUGGCACUAAAAAGAGUGUCCACAUCAGGGGAUAUCGAUAAACCUAACGUAGUACGGAUUAUUGGUCUGAGAAUUGAAAAAAUUGCAGAUUAAUGGUGUUUUAAGGUAAGUUCGGAGAUAUCAAGAAUCAAUGGAGGUCAGAGGUAGCAGCCAACAACAAAAGGAUAUGAGAAUACUACACAACUCUAUUGGCGCCGGCUAUCCAUCUUCUUUAGAUAGAAGAAACAAUGGAUUGAUUAAUCAGAUUAAUCAUCCUAUGCAAACCCUAGAUCAACUUCAAGAUGAGGCUGCAAACCCAGAUCCAGAUCCGGGAGUUCUUCCGAUUGGUCCGGCCAAUAGCGCCGCCGUGGCACCGCCGCAAAUACCGCCGGAAACUUCGGGCAAUGGUUCUGGGAAUUCUUCAGUUAGGUACAAAGCGUGCCUCAAGAACCAUGCGGCUAGCAUGGGGGGACAUGUGAUCGAUGGGUGCGGAGAAUUUAUGCCCAGCGGCGAAGACGGCACGCCGGAAUCCCUCAAAUGCGCCGCCUGUGAUUGCCACCGCAAUUUCCACCGGAAAGAAAUCGACGGCGAAGCCCCGCCCCUUCCCCCGCCGCCCUAUUUCCCAUUUACUCCACCAAUAAACAACAACAACAACCAUCAUCGGGUUCACACUCCGGCGGCAAUGCCUCCCCGGAACCUCCACCACUACACCCACGGCGUGGCGCCGCCGGUGAUGGUGGCAUUUGGCGGCGGCGCUGCGGCGGAAUCUUCCAGCGAAGAUCUUAACCUGUUUAAUCACGCACGAGGACAGGUUUUACACAAUCCGUCGCCAUUUUCAGUGUCGAGAAAGCGGUUUAGGACGAAAUUCACGCAGCAACAGAAGGAUAGGAUGCAUGAAUUUGCAGAAAAGCUUGGGUGGAAGAUCCAGAAGCAAGAUGAGCAACAAGUGCUGCAAUUCUGCAGUGAAGUGGGCAUAAAAAGGCAAGUGUUCAAGGUGUGGAUGCACAACAAUAAACAAAAUUUCAAGAAGCGACAAAUGUAGUAAGCCAUCAUAUAUCAUAAAAUACAUGUGUGAAUUCAAUUUAACUACUACUGUGCUUACAACUUAUCCAUUGUGCAUAAUUGCAUAGAGCUAUCUAGAGCUACAUAAAUAACCUUUUUUUUUUUCA